AUGGGGCACAAAGAAAAAUCUAAGGAACGAAAAGAGAAGAGAUUGCAUGAGAUAUCAUUGUUGAGGACCAUUCCUUAUUCUGAACACCAAAGGUGGUGGUCAAAGGAAACCAUUGCUGUGGUAACUGGUGGGAAUAGAGGAAUUGGGUUUGAGAUUUCAAGACAACUUCUUGAUCAUGGAGUAACUGUUGUGUUGACAUCAAGAGAUGCAAGUGUUGGUAUUGAAUCAAUGAAGGUCUUGCAAGAAGGUGGUCUUGAUCAUGUGGAUUGUCACCAGCUUGAUGUCUUAGAUUCUUCAUCUAUCAAUGAAUUUGCUGAAUGGUUGAAGGAAAAAUAUGGUGGUUUAGAUAUUCUGGUAAACAACGCUGGAGUAAAUUUCAAUCAUGGGUCUGAUAACUCAGUUGAAAAUGCUAAGAAGGUUAUAGAUACAAAUUAUUAUGGAACAAAGAGUAUGAUUGAAGCUAUGAUUCCUCUCAUGAAAGCAUCCUCUGCUGGUGGCAGGAUUGUAAAUGUCAGCUCUCGCUUAGGUCGUCUAAAUGGCAAACGAAAUAGAAUAGAGAAUGAAGAAUUGAGGGAGAAACUAAGUAAUGUGGAAACCCUAACAGAGGAACUGAUUGAUGAAACCCUAACCAAAUUCCUACAACAAGUGGAAGAAGGGAGUUGGGCCCAAGGAGGGUGGCCUCAAACAUUCACUGACUAUUCAGUUUCAAAGCUUGCAGUGAAUGCAUACACAAGGCUUAUGGCAAAGAAGCUUUCUGAGAGGCCAGAGGGCCAAAAGAUUUACAUCAAUUGCUAUUGCCCUGGUUGGGUCAAAACCGCCCUCACCGGCUACGCCGGAAGCGUCACCGUCGAACAAGGUGCUGAUACCGGUGUCUGGCUCUCCCUUCUUCCUGAGAUUGCCAUCACUGGCAAGUUCUUUGCAGAAAGAAGGGAGAUUAACUUUUAA